GUUCAUUUGGAGCUUUUAGGAAAACAGAAGUUAAACUAAACCAUUUCAACAGUUUAUUCACUUCACUGGAUUCUUCAGGAGAGUCUUCCAAAGUUCAUCGCAACUAUGUACAAACCCCAUUUCUGAAAAGCUUCUCCUCCAUGAAAUACAAACAUUUUAAAAAUGAUCUGUGGAGUGGAGAUCAUUUUUUUUAUCGCUGCUAUUUUCUCCCUGAAUUUUGAACUCUGUUUUUGCAUGUGUGCCCGAGCUGAGUAUGAGAUAGAUGGAGAAUGCUGUCCCAUGUGUGCACCUGGGAACCAUGUUUAUAGGCACUGCACUGAGGACACCAGCACUGCCUGUGUUCCAUGCUAUCAUUCAACUUUCAUUGACGCACCAAACGGACUCAUAGACUGCUUUAGCUGUGCAGUGUGUGAUCCUGGUCAGGGUUUAAGAGUAAAGACUCCCUGCACUCGAUCAUCAGAUACAGUCUGUGAGCCACUAGAUGGAUAUUACUGCACUGAUCAACACAGAGGCAGCUGUAUACUAGCACAGAAACACACAAACUGCAGCCCUGGACAAUAUAUAAAGCAUAAGGGAACAGCAUUUAAAGAUACUGAAUGUGCUGAAUGUUCAGAUGGAACCUUCUCAAACGGCUCUCUUCUCUUCUGCCAACAACAUUCAAAAUGUGAAGAUCUGGGACUUACAGAAAUAAAUGCAGGAACAAAUUCUUCUGAUGCUGAAUGUGAAAGUAAAACUCUGAUAGUUGGAAUCAUUAGUUUUGUUCUCGUAUUUGUGGCUGCAGCAGUUGCAGUUAUUGCUUUUCUAAAAUUAACAAGAAGACUAUCCAAUGUGCAGGUAAGGAAGUGUUUUUUUUUUCAUUUUUUCUUCUUUGCGUUGUGUUUUUAUGUUUUAAAUUAUUGAAAUAGUUAAAAAUUCUGUUUCUCUAUCCGAGGAUGAUCAAACAUUUGAGACAUAUUAUUAUUAAUAUUAUUAUUAUUAUUAGUAGUAGUAGUAGUAGUAAUAGUAGUAUCAACAUCAGCCAUAGUUUGUCAUAAUGGAACUAGAGAAACUUUGGGACAUUACUCUGUCAGAUCAUCAAAAUUAAAAAAAUUAAAUGAACAGGAAGACUGUCCAAUGUGCAGGUAAGGAAGUCUUUUUUUUUC